UUCCUUGCUCUUAACGGUACCCUCACGGCUUGCCUCGCACACAUGACGGGUAAUGUCCUAUUUCUAGGGAGUUAUUACAUUCACUCUCGCUAUUUUCACUCAAGUUUCCCAACGGCAACGGGGCUGGUUUCCGCGGCAAAACUACGGAUUUAGGGAGUAUGGGAAGGCGUUGGCGGUGUGUUUGGCUGGGAAGAGGAGCCGGGGCGAUUGUGUUUGUCUUGAUCAUUGGGUCCUCUUUCCUCUGGACCCCGGCUAUUACGGUUCGCGGUUUUGGUUGUGGUUUGUUCUACCCUCCGUCCGGCUGGACAAGGAGAGGAAUGGGGCGGGCUAGAUCGGUUGGACGGUUAUGCGGACGGUGGCAGGCGGGGCCUUACUACAUAUCAUUCAUCUCACAUUUGUAUCCCCCAAGGAUUUGGCUGCUUUUCUGUGUUUUAUUUCGCCUGUGUUCUUUACCUUUUCUACUUCCGCUUUGUCUUCAUCUCGGUAUUUACUACCUAACCAGCCCGUCUCGGCCCAACCCACCAUACCACCACUCCUUCUACCCCCACCUACCUCAGGCUCGUCGGUUUGGUAUGGUCAGCCCGACAGGAUUUUUCUGGUUCUGGGAGUAGGGGAUCUAGAUAAUGAUUUUUCAUGACACACAGGUCGAUGGAAGAAAGCGCAAUGCAAGAGGCCCGCUGCGCUUAUGAUUUACACCAAAUUCAUGGGGAAGCGACCAAGGCGGCGCUGUGUUGGCAUAGGUUGAGACGUCAUCAACAUGGCUUAACCCACCGCUCCGCGUAGAGAUUAUGCCAUGGAAGAACUCGUGCUUGUAGCAAUCGUCUUGAAGACGGACUCGAAGAAGAAGAGUACUCGAUCUUG